CAGACCGCACUACCCUCUGCCGUUUUGCGUGCGGGCUGCGGCGGCCUUCCCUCCCGAAGGCGAACCCUAUGCCGCCCUCUCCGCCGCUCCGCCACCUCCUCUCCUUCCGCCGCCGCCCCCUCGCCCCGCGCUUCCUCCUCCUCCCCCGCCGCUUCUCCGCCUCCGCAUCCGCCUCGGCGCUGCAGGCCGCCACCCCGCCCCCCUCAUCCUCCUCCGCCGCUCGCCUCGCCGCCGCCGUGCACGGUUCCGCCGCGUCCGGGGACUUCGCGCACGCCAUCCGUUUGACGAAACACCUCGUCCGUGCCUCCUCCUCCCCAAGCCAUCGCCCCGGCGCCGCCGGCGCCGCCGCCGCCGCGGCGCUCGCCUCCACCUCCGCGUCGCCGGCCCCCGCGCUCGGCGUGCUCGUCAUCGCGCUCUCCCAGAUGGCGCUCCCCGACGAGGCGCUCUCCGUCUUCGGCCGCCUCCGAGAGCUGCCGGCAUUGCCGGCCUGCAACGCGAUCCUCGACGGCCUCGUGAAGGCGCACAUGCUCGCCCGCGUAUGGGAGCUGUUCGACGAAAUGCUUGGUCGGGGGAUGGUGCCGAGUGUGGUGACUUACAACACGCUCAUCAACGCGUGUCGGCAUCAGGGCGAUGUGGCGAAGGCUUGGGAGGUCUGGGAUCAGAUGGUAGCUAGACGGAUUGAUCCAAAUGUGGUCACAUAUACGACAAUGAUAUGUGCACUCUGUGAGGAGGACUGCAUUGGUGACGCUGAGGGGCUUUUCCUUGAGAUGAAGGAAGCAGGGAUGCGGCCUAAUCUAUACACAUACAAUGCAUUGAUGAGCAGCCACUUCAAGAGAGACAACAUCAAGCAUGCGCUUGUGUUUUAUUACGACUUGCUGAAGUGUGGUCUUGUUCCAAAUGAUGUGAUCUUUACCACUCUAAUUGACGGUCUCUGUCAGGCGAACAGGAUAACCGAAGCAAAGAAUAUAUUUCUGGACAUGCCCAGGUAUGAGGUUGCUCCAACUGUGCCUGUGUACAACAGUUUGAUCCACGGAGCUUUUAGGUCUGGAUACGCACAAGAAGCAUUAGCAUUUUUCCAGGAGAUUAUUCGCAAAGGGUUGCGCCCGGAUGAGUUCACCUGCAGCAUAGUUGUAAGAGGCCUCUGUGAUGGUGGGCAAAUGCAGGUUGCCACCAGGUUUCUUGAAGUAAUGCAACAAUCUGGUAUUGCACUGAAUGCGGCUGCUUACAAUGUGCUGAUUGAUGAGUACUGCAAGAGUGGAAAUUUGGAUGAAGCUCUCGUGACAUGCACAAGAAUGAGCGAGGUUGGAGUAGAGCCCAAUGUGGUGACAUACUCCUCCUUGAUAGAUGGGCACUCGAAGAAUGGGGAAAUGGAAAUAGCAAUGGCUAUAUACACAGAGAUGGUAGCUAAAGGGGUCGAACCUAAUGUCGUGACAUACACUGCUCUGAUUCAUGGCCAUGCCAAGAAUGGUGACAUGGAUGCUGCUUUUUGGUUACAGAAGGAGAUGGAAGAGAAAGGCAUUUAUUCAAACGCAAUAACUGUGUCAGUUCUUGUAGAUGGUCUGUGCCGAGAAAAUAGGGUACAAGAUGCAGUCAGAUUCAUCAUGGAAUACUCAGGGCAGAAGAAAUCUGAGAAAAACCCUUCAAUUGCAAACAGUGUGACAUAUAUGACCUUGAUAUAUGGUCUCUAUAUAGAUGGUCAAUACAACGAAGCCUGUCACUUCUUCUCUUGUAUGAGAGAUUCUGGUAUGGUGCCUGAUAGAUUCACUUACACACUCGUGAUUCGUGGACUGUGCAUGCUUGGCUAUGUCUUGAAUGCGAUGAUGCUCUAUGCUGAUAUGGUUAAGGUUGGUGUUAAACCCACAAAAUGCGCCAUGGUCUGCCCUGAUAUUUGGUCAAGAGAAUCAGUUGACCACCGCAUGACCUGAAACUCCAUCACUAAUGAAAUCCAUAUGGGAAAUAAAGUGUAGAUAAUAUUGAACUCACUGAUGACAGAUCACAGCCUACAGAAAGUCAACUCAAUUAUUAGCUUGAGCUAGACAUGCGUUGUGUGAGAAGCUGGGAGAUGGGAGGAGUUGCCGAACACGAACGGUUGGUCGGACAAACAGUAGAUUGUCCCUCCUGCUGAGUUUUCCAGGAGCAGCUGUUUUAAAACUGCAGAAGUGCAGAUAGCCAAGAUUUUCCCAACUGCCCAUCAGAAAAGAUAUAUCAUGGAUGGUUCGCAGAUGAUGCCCUUUUCAGGAUGUUGCAUUUGGUGCAGAUCGAAAUCUGUGUAUAUGUAUUGUAUCUGUCAGUAUCUGUCCAUACUUGGCCUAUUGAUCAUGCAAGUAUUGUCUGUGGCAUGAGUUCUGGCCUGUUCAAAACUUCAAUAUGUUUCUUUGGACUAUCAGCCAGGCUAUUAAAAUAUUUGAUAUGCUCUCGCUGUGAUACACUAUCUUCUGCAGAAGGAGUAAGAACUGAUCCCAUAGUCUGCUGCUGGCAGGCGACACCUUAGGGUUUAUAUCUGCAAAACUGCAAAUGGCUCAUGUCUUUUCGAAUGACUCUAGCCAGAUGUAUUCCGUGGCGGCACCUCAGUUUAUAUGUGCAAAAUUGCAAAUGGCUCAUGCCACAUGUAUUACCGUGUAUUUAACCACUUUAUGUUGUCCCAAAAGAAGUGGUAGAAAUUCGUGUUUACA